UACAUAUGCAUCAAAGAAACCGACGACUGGGGGAGAUUUGUGCGAGAUGAGAUGGGAAUAUCAAGAAAAAAGCAACGCAGAAUAAUCAGUCAAAGUAGAUUGAUUGAUAAAAAAAUCAAAAUGGAAAUUCUAAAAUUCUGGAAAAACAAUAAUGCGAAGACUCAAGAUAAAGAGUCUCUCAGAGAAGAGCUACUCGAACUUGCGGGGAAUUUUAUAGGAAGAACAGCAAAAAGUGGUGAAUUCAGAAAUCGCAACUUCAAGCUCGUCAGUAGCAUUGUUGCAGCAGCUAUUCCAGACGAAGACUGGUUGGAAUUUUCUCGUACAAAAUUGAAGCUCAGAGACAAAGAUAUAGAAAACAUCAUCGGGAGACAUGGAGAGUUCAGUGAUGAGUUCAAGUAUCAGCUGAUCAAGGAAUUACAGCAAGAGUUUGAAAAAGAGAAUGAACUCAGAAUGGAGCGGGAGCAGGCAUACAGAUGCAUCAAAGAAACCGACGACUGGGGGAGAUUUGUGCGAGAUGAGAUGGGAAUAUCAAGAAAAAAGCAACGCAGAAUAAUCGGUCAAAGUAGAUUGAUUGAUAAAAAAAUCAAAAUGGAAAUUCUAAAAUUAUGGAAAAACGAUAAUGCGAAGACUCAAGAUAAAGAGUCUCUCAGAGAAGAGCUACUCGAACUUGCGGGGAAUUUUAUAGGAAGAACAGCAAAAAGUGGUGAAUUCAGAAAUCGCAACUUCAAGCUCGUCAGUAGCAUUGUUGCAGCAGCUAUUCCAGACGAAGACUGGUUGGAAUUUUCUCGUACGAAAUUGAAGCUCAGAGACAAAGAUAUAGAAAACAUCAUCGGGAGACAUGGAGAGUUCAGUGAUGAGUUCAAGUAUCAGCUGAUCAAGAAAUUACAGCAAGAGGAAAUGGAAGACCCAAGCUGGCAGAAGUGGGAACUACAAGAUGAUGAAAAUAGUUCCGACAUACCAUAUGAAAAAUAAAAAGUCAUUUGAGACAAUUGUGGAAUAAUUAUGCCACAAACUUGAGUUAUCUCUAUAUAUAUAAAUUGAAACAAUAAUUUUGAUGAUAUAUGAUGAAUGGAUUUACGAAUGCAUUUAGCAUAUAUUCCAACACUUUGAACAAAAUGUUAGAUCUUAUAAGUAACACUAAUUAAUGCAUCUAUUCAAUUGUUAUUCCAUGCCUGAAGAUUUCUUGUAUAUUACAACAAUUUGUUGACUUUAUCUUGUUUGACAUAUCCUAUACAGUUAUCUAAUUGGUAAUCGCAAUUUGCUUCAUCAAUAACACUUUGUUUUAAUGUCUAGCUUUGAUUGUUCUAAUGCCCAAACAUUUCUAAUUUUAUGUUUUCGAAGUUUAUCCGUUUCAUGAUUGACACUUAAAAUUUUUGAAACUGUAAAUAUUCCAGAAGCUGAGUUUUCAAACUUUUCAUAAUUCUCAAAUCUCUCACGAAAAUGAUCACAAGCGGCAAUGCAGGGAUUUCAGAAUGGUUCAAAAUUAAAUAUAUUCAAUAUUACAAAUUCCCGAUUCUAAAAAAUAUGAUAAUAAUAAAAACAGUAUGAUAAAAAAGGCCUUCAUUCAAAUGAUUCAGUUUAUGAAAUAUGUACGAUUCAGACAAAUAUCCAAUUUUACUGUUUAUAUCAACUUCCUGGCAUUUACAAAUUUAAAUUCAUCAAUAUUAGUUUUCAUUUUAGUUCUUUAUUGGAUUUGACCAAGAAUGUAUUCACAAUUCCAGCACUCCAUACCAUACUAAUAAUACAUUAUUUAGAUUUGGACAUCCCUGCUGCAGAACCCUGCUGUGAAAUUGACUCAAUUCCUGCAUGAUUUUUUGUUGCUCUGCAUAGCUAGUAUAGACUUAUAAUAACACCCUAAAACAGUGGUUCUCAAACUAUUUGAGUCACGCCCCCUUUUUGAAAAUUUGUCAAGUCUCGUCAAGUCUUGUCCCACCUCAAAAAUAACCAGUUAACAACAAGCUACAAAUAAUGAAUAUAGUAAGGAAAAGGGAUGUUUUAUUUAAGGAACACAUUAAAAAAAUGCGAAGAUGAAACCUAAAUAUUCAAAAUAGGGUGGACAAGAUCAAAUUUAACAAAUAUUUUUAUUUUUAAUUAGCUUCAUGCCACCUCAAAAAAUCGGUUACUCCCGAAGUAUGGUUAUCAGGUUAGGGUUAGGCCA